AUGGUUUUAGCUACUGCUCCAUCUUGUUCCUCUUCUCCAGCUACUCUCUCUGCAGCUGUGGCAUCUUCUAAACUAUGUCGUUUCAAUGGCCAGUGCCACUAUUUUAAGGAAGAUGGUAAUUGUAUUUCCGAUUGUCCUAAGAAGAAGGCCAAGGAUGCUCGGGAUGCUCUUAAGGCUAGGGCAUCUUCCUCUUCCAAGCCUAUUGCUGUUGUCUCCACGAGCUCCUCAAUUUCUGCUCCAUCUUUUGCACCUUCUUUGUCAUCUCUUUCUGUAGCCGACCUUGAGGCAAUUAUCACCCAGGUUCUAUCCCGCACUUCUACAGGUUGUGAUGUGCAGGAUUCGAAGAUGGGCCAGCUUGUUGGGACCGGGCGUAAAGUUGGUCGCCUUUUUGAGCACACAUCUCUGCAUUUGCCUUGUUCGUGUUCUCCUCCGUCUCUUUCUGCUGCAGUGUCUUCUAGUAUGAUUGAAACUCAGUUUGCUCGCACCAUUAAAGUCCUUCGGUUCGAUAAUGCCCUGGAAUAUACUUCUACCCCUUUCAUUGAAGAACUUCGAGAGGCCGACAUAAUUGUCGUGCCGAAUGUAAGCACCAUCACAUUCUUGACACUGCAUGCUAGCUUAUCAGGUGAUCCCUCUACAUCUGCCGCUCCCGAACCUGGACCGUCUGAUGAUCCUGUUGUCACUUCGACUCCUCCUGAGUCCACUGAUUUGGAUGUUCGUCAUUCUAGUCGGCCUCGUAGUUAUCGCGAAGCUUGUUCCGUUCUUGUUUGGCAGCAAGCUAUGUCUGAAGAACUUGACGAAUAUGGCAUUGAUUAUGAGGAGACAUUUGCCCCCGUUGCUCGUAUUACCUCCGUUUGCUCCCUUUUGGAUGUUGCCUCUACUCGGCGGUGGCCUUUAUUUCAGAUGGAUGUCAAGAAUGCCUUCUUACAUGGUGAGUUGACUGAGAAGUUUGAGAUGAAAGACCUCAGUUCUCUUCGCUACUUACUUGGCUUAAAAGUGUCCCCUACCUCUGAUGGCAACUCCUUGACCCAAGCCAAAUAUGCCUCUGAUUUUCUCACACGUUCUGACCUCACCGAUUGUAAGAUAACUGAUAGUCCGCUGGAGCCCAACAUCAAACUCCAUCCUAUUGAUGGGGAGCUCCUUCCCGAUGUGACUCGUUACCAACAGCUUAUUGGGAGCUUGAUUUAUUUCACUGUCACUAGACCAGACAUUGCCUACGUGGUGCACCUUGUUAGCCAGUUUUUGUCGGCUCCUCGUUCCGUUCACUAUGUAGCUAUUCUUCGCAUCUUGCGAUAUGUGAAGGGCACCUUAUUUCAUGGCCUUUUUUUUCCUCUCACUUAUCCUUGA